UGGCAUUUGCUUGUCGCAUUUUGGCGAUGGCGUCUGGAAUGGAGCUUGUCAAGGCGCCAGGGAUGAUCGGUGCUCAAUCUGUGGAUCAUCUCAGGGCAGGAUCGACAAGCGCUGGAGGUAAAUCGUGCGCCAGGAGGAGGCUGAGCGUCGUUUGCAGCAGCUCCUCGCCUACAGUUGCUCCUAGGGUUUCUAGCCCGAUCGGUGGAAGAUCGAAGCCUUUACAUUUUUUGCACGUCGACGACUUCGACAAGAAAGAGAUCCUUCACCUUUUGGAAAGGGCUGUAGAGGUGAAAGCUCUGUUAAAAUCCGGGGACAGGAGCUUCCGGCCUUUCAACGGAAAGUCGAUGGCCAUGAUCUUUACGAAGCCUUCCAUGAGAACCCGUGUUUCAUUCGAAACCGGUUUCUUCCUUCUCGGGGGCCAUGCAAUCUACUUGGGACCUGACGACAUCCAGAUUGGGAAACGAGAAGAAACUCGGGACGUAGCACGCGUUCUCUCGGGCUAUAACGACGUGAUCAUGGCUCGUCUUUUUGCUCAUCAGGAUCUAUUGGACUUGGCGAAGUAUGCUUCCAUUCCCGUUAUAAAUGGUUUGACGGACUAUAAUCAUCCUUGCCAGAUCAUGGCAGAUGCUUUGACGAUUAUCGAGCACGUAGGACGCAUUGAAGGCGUUAAGGUUGUCUAUGUCGGUGAUGGCAACAACAUUGUCCAUUCGUGGCUGAGACUAGCUGCGGUCGUUCCUUUCCACUUUGUAUGCGCGUGCCCAAGAGGCUUCGAGCCUGAUAAAGAAACCGUGAACAGGGCCACUGCUGCAGGCUUGAGCAAGAUCGAGAUUACGAAUGACCCGCUGGAGGCUGUCAAGGGAGCACACGUUGUUUAUUCUGACGUUUGGGCCAGUAUGGGACAAAAGGAUCAAACAGCUGCUCGAUUGGAGCGUUUCCAAGGCUUCCAGGUGAACGAGAAACUGAUGGAAGCAGCAGGCUCACAGGCUUAUUUUAUGCAUUGCCUUCCGGCCGAGCGAGAUGUUGAUGUGACAGACGCUGUGAUUGAGUCUCCAAAUUCCAUCGUCUUCACACAAGCUGAGAAUAGAAUGCAUGCUCAGAACGCAAUUAUGUUACAUGUUCUGGGCUGCUGAGUUGAGAGCGGUGGCAAAUUCUUCGGCUUUGCUGGUUUUGGUUUGGAGAAUAACGGUUUCUUUUUGUUUUGUUUUUGUUUUGCCGUACGCUUAUAUAAUACUUUUUUGUUAUA